UAUCCCAUAAUCCCUUUUGCUUUUCCAAGAUGUCAGCCUCCGCAAGUCUGAACGGCUGAACGGAUGGUUGUAGAACUAGAACUUAGUUCAUGUAGUUUGGACAACUUUUGAAGUUUACACGGAAAUAAGUUUACUUCCAUUACUCUAAGGCUUUCUGAGUAUUGAUUUGGAUGGCAUCAUCUACUGUUUCAAUGUGUGAUGACGUGGGUACUGGGCAGGAACGCCGGGAUAUCUGCAACUUUGAAAACUAUGCCCUCCCUGGUGCAGUUCUGGCAUCUUUCAAUGAGCUGAGGCACAGUAAUGAUCUGAUUGAUGUUGUGCUUGUUGCAGAAGAUAAAGAAAUCCCAUGUCACAGAAUUGUUUUAGCAGCUAGUAGUCCCUACUUCAAGGCCAUGUUUACUCGCAAUGUGGAGGAAAGGAGCCAACAGAAAGUGACUCUCAGGGAUGUCAAUCCUAUCAUGCUACAGAUGAUCAUUGAUUAUGUUUAUACAUCACAGGUGCGAAUAACAACAGAAAACGUUCAGGAGCUCCUAUCCACGGCCAAUUUCUUUCUGAUCAAGUGCCUUGUCUACGCUUGCAGCAACUUCCUCAUUAGGCAAGUGGAUGUGGACAACUGCAUUGAGAUGCACAGUUUUGCUGAGUGCCAGGGCUGUGAUGAGCUCAGCCGAGCUGCUUGUGGGUUUGCAGUGCGUGAGUUUGCAGACGUAUGCAAGACAGAGACAUUUCUGAAUGCAAGCCCACAUCUGCUGAGCCAAUAUGCUGCCCAUGAGAAUCUGAACAUUAGGAGUGAGGCAGAGCUGCUGCGGGCACUCCUAGAAUGGCUGACCCACGGGGACCAACGGGAGGUCAAGCAACAGAACUUCCUGUCUGUCGUCAGGCAUGUCCGGCUACCAUUUGUAGGUCAAGAGUGUUUAGAGGAACUGAGCAAGUUGCCAGCAGUCAUGAGACUGACCGGAUGCAAGAAGCUAUUUGCCUUAGCUAUGGACUGCAGAGAGGAUCGUGUGACUUCCCUGCCGGAUGAAUGGAAGCAUCCCCGAAAGUCGUCCAAUUAUGCAGAGGUGCUGGUCAUUAUUGGGGGUGUGUGUAAUAAUCACAACAGAUUACCAACCCGCAACAAAAGUAACCCUGAGAACUACUGGUGCGAAGUACCUCUGGAACUCCACAAAUGGAACAAGCUGGCACCCAUACCCUACAUGAUUCGCAAUGUUGUCAUGUACGAUGUGGUGCGGUUCAAGAAUGAUGUGUACUUAACUGGAGGAUUUGAUGGAGAGAUGCAUCCUGGUGCAACAACGUCUGUCUGGGCGUACCGUACUGAAAUGGACACGUGGGAAAAACAGAAGGGGCUUAAUGUUGCAAGAUACCAGCACUGCUCGUCAGUACUCACUGGUCACAUCUUCGUCAUCGGUGGCUAUGACGGACAAAAUAAACUAUCCAGUGUUGAAAUGUACGAAUCAAAGAAUAAUACCUGGACUUGCAUUCAGCCAAUGAUAACCCCUGUUGCAUUCGCAACUGCCACCGCAUUCAAUGGAAGGCUGUUUGUGAUUGGUGGGAUGACCCAGGAUGAUCGUGUAUUUAACGGUAUACAGUGCUACAAUUUGGAGAGUCAAACAUGGAGCAUUAUCACUACACUUCAAAUCAAACGUAAAGGCUGCAAGAGUGUCCUCUUGAAUGAUCUGAUCUAUGUCUUUGGUGGAGUGACAAGGGAGGUACAGGUUUAUGAUCCUGAGUGUGACAAAGCAUUGAAUGUGGCUCCAAUGAUCGCUGCUCACAUGUGCACUGGUGCAACUGUUCUGAAAGCAACUACAACAUUGCUGAAAAUGGUAAGUAGGGUGCAUAACAACUAAUCUGUUGAGGUUUCAGUUCAGUGGAUACUUUACAGAGAAAAUGUAUGCACAAUUUUUGAGUCUCCUAACUGGAUUCUUUUGCUUAAAUAUAUACAAGAUCGAACCUUCAAGUGUAAGGUGUGUGUCAUGUCGACCCUCUGACACCUGGCAUUGCUAAUCUAGUUGUGGGUAAUGGCACUCUUCAGGUGGUGGAUUCCUUCUGUUAUCUUGGGGCUGUCAUAAGUCAGUCAGGUGGUUGCUUUGACGCUACAACUGCAAGGGUAUGUUCGUCCUGGAAGCACUUUUCACGAUCUGUUACCAGUUCUGACCAACAAGGGGAUCUCCCUACAUGUCAGGGGUUAUGCCUGUAAUGCCUGUGUGCAUAGUGUUCUCCAGUAUGAGAGUGAAACCUGGCCAGUAAGUGCUAUUAACAUCUACCGCCUGUCAAUGGUCCCAACUACACUGAUUUGUUAUGCUUAAGUUUAUUUUAAAAGGUUUAACUUUACUUAAUUGUAACUUGUAGUUGACGGAAGUUCCAAUGUAAGGAAUUCACUUGAACAAUGGGCAUUGUGUUUGAAUUAGUCUAUGUAAGAAUGCCUCACCGCAAACCUACCAGUGUAAUGGAAUGUGAGUGCAUGUAGCUCUCUGGUGUUCUUUUAUUUGUGUUAAGCCAGAUCUAUCCGAAUUCUUUCCUUUGUGUUAAUAGUGUAGUAUAUAAGGUUUAGAAUGCCAAAUCUCGGCAGAGUGCCACAUUGACACAGUGGGGAGUGGUGGUCUGCAAUCGUCACUGAAGUUACGGCGGAGACGACCGGACGCUGCUAUGAAGGAAGGCCAAGUUCUACCCCAAGCAAGCUACCUGAACAAGGCUACCGGAUCGUCAAACCACAACCACCACACCCACUCGUAUCGUGUCAAUUAAAUAGCUGUACUAAUUCCUCAAAUCGCCCAAAACCAGAGGCUUUUAAGCUCGGCACUCUCAAGCCUUCUGGAAGUAGGAGGAUUUAUUAAUGUUGCUUCAUUGCAUGGCUUUUGCAUGGCAUGCCUUUAUUUUGCUUGGUUUUACAUUUAAUUUGCUUGCUUUCUAUUGUUGAGUUUGAAUCAUCAAAUUGCAUUUUGUUAACUUGAGUUGGAGCUUACACAAUUUCAGUUUGCUAAAAUGCAUGCAUUCUGUUCUUUUUAAUUUCUGUCACGCAGGGUUUUCAGGCUUGGGCUCAGCUCACAUUUGAGGAAAACAAAUCCAUCCAACUUAAUUGUCGUUAUUUUUGUAUAAACUAAUUUAAGUUUUGUAGUUUCAUUGCUUUUAAUUUUUAAUUUGCUUUCAUUUGGCAAUUUGCCAACCCCCAUUUAUUCCAGUUUCAAGUUUAUCGCUCACAACCAUUUAAUCUAAGGCUAAGUUUAUGUUUGUGUUAAUUUUUGUUCAGUUGACAGUUUAAAGAAUUAAAAGUUAAUUCUUUUUUUUUUGUUAUCUGAAA